CAAAGCACGAUCGGUAAUGUUUAGCGUGAUGCUAUGCACGCGUCUGAACUCACCCGGAGAGCUUAUAUACUAUACUUUAUUAGGGAACCCCUGUCACCAGAAGAGAAACGUUGUCACACCAGAGCCCAAAGUAGGGUGUUCGCACACGCUUUCGAUAAAAAAAAAAAGAAAGAAGCAAGAAAAGAAGCAGAGUAACACGACACUACUACAAUAUGAAUGUCCCACAGGCCUGGCAAUUGAUUUGUGCAGUGACAGUGCUACCGGAAGGCCACGUAUAGUGAGAGUUCCUGAAGAGCAGCACGCAUACGAGGCGCGGCGAGUUUUCUCUUCCCUCUGGUCCACUCUGUGUAGGCGCACGAUCAGCACCGGCGCAAGCCGAGUCGCAGGCCGUCAAAACGUCUCAGGCUAAUAAUUAGGUAAAGUACACGCGAAUGUCGCCACGCGAAUGAUUUCAACCUACGUCGCAAUGAGUUUACCCGUUCUAGCUGUCCUUCACAGCUCCUUCGCUGUCCAACCACCUUCGCAACGUGGAUUGCAUACCAUUUUUUUUUUUCGUAAGCCUUGUCGGAUAGAUCUUUCACAAACCUUGUCGGCUGUUUCAACAGGCGAGCUGCGCAUGCCUAGCCACAGCCGGCCUGGAGCGCACGUUGGCCGUCUCGCGUGAGACCGGCCGUGACUAUAGCACGGUCGCCUUGGCAACCGCCCCGGCCCGGAACGUCAGCGCUACGCCAGGGCUGAUAAGCGCGCCGAGCCAGCCGAGCGAACAUGCUACGGGACAGACUGGCUGGACUCGGCGGGGUUGUUGACGUGCGUCCUGCGGACUGUGCAAUGGCGGCAUCUUGUUCGCGGCGGACCCGUGCGUGCAGAGGGACGUCUGCGACAUCACUUGCCGUCACCGCAGCGCCUUACCGACGGAGGGAGGGUCUAUGACGCGACGACGGUGAUUCGAUUGUUUUUCGUUCUACUUCGAGACGGACACCUUUGGAGACAAAGAUGGAAAUGUCAAUCAUGCGUUCGGGGAUGAUGCGGUCGGGGAUAUCCAGGAUCGCCAUACAAUCGCCGCCUUCGAAGGUGGGCGUCUGCAUGAAGUACUGCGUUCUGCUCCUUGUGCUCCUCAUAAGCAUGUUCCUCAUUGGCAUUGCAGUCUAUUUCGCCUUUCUACAGAAGGCCAACAACGAACAACCACCGCUGAUAUGUUCCCUGGAUGGGCUAGAGAGGUCGCUGCGGAUCCCCGAGCUUCUUUGUUCGCAUCUUGUAUUCCUGUCGGCUAUCGUGGUGCCUGGCAGCCAAGCCAAGCCAAUGGACGGCGCCGAAGUUGGCUUCGAAAAAUUCAAGAAUCUCAAGAGGACCUACGGCACGGUGACGAAGCUGGUGUCCUUCGAAUUGGGGGUGAUCAACUCUCUCAGCAUGGACGUCGUGCACAAUGCCUUCCUCUCGAUCGCCGGUGGGGCGCUUGACGGCCUCGACAUCCGAUACUUCAGUGGCAGCGAGCCGUCGCUGCACGUCAUCAAGGAUCUGCGGAAGCUCGCGGACAACGAACAAUAUAUUAUUCACGGUGUAUUCGACAGCGUCAAGAUCGACGUGAUGAAGGACUUCCAUUUCGCUUCUCUACGAGUAUACAAAAAUCCUACGCCACCGGGACCCUUCAAGGCAGUGUCUCUGCAGCCGACAGCAGACAUUGAGAGCGGCGUCCAAGCCUACCAGGCCGCGGUGCAGGGCGCCAACCUAGCGGCGUCUGGAAACCACUGCAUCGCCCUCAGUUUGGCUGCCGUGCAGUACAGCGGGGCGCAUAGCUACGGGGAGGACGCUUCCGACUUCGCGAAGGCCAUGUAUUGUUCGGAGGACUACGAUCGGAAGGGCUCUGUCAAGUCUUCGUCCAGUCUCUCCCACUAUGUGCGGAACGAUAAAAUGAACUCGCUCUUUGUAUUUGAGGUGCCCGAAGAUUUUCAAAGCAAGGUCAGGAGGAUCGGCAGGUUGCCGAACGCUUGCCUACUCCUGGACGACAUCUUCUACGACCGACACAUGUGCACUUGUGACGACACGAACUUUAAGCUGCUGAAGACGGCGCGCAAAGUUUUGUGGCAGUCCUUGAGAGGAUGACUCCGCAGAUGGAGCCAUUCACGUUGAGAACCUCUUGUGCGCUCACACGACGUCAUUUGUGGAGAUGACGUGGCGUAAAUUACUGACUUUAUUUUAAUUUUCAGACCGCCCUCACAAG